AUGUGUCUUCACUGGUUCAUUCUUCUGCUGACUGUGUUCACGCAUCAGCCCAUUGCAGUUCAACCAACCGCAUCAACCACAUGUCCAUCCUUCUGUAAAUGUGAACCCGGUGAAGGCGGCCGAAAAGUGACCAAGAAAAACCACACAGUGGUGGCUAGUUGUCACAUUCCCUCCAACAUGCAUCGACUCGAAUGUGCCGCCGAUUGGGAUAUAUUACAUUUGGUUAUUCUGAAUAGUCCGGAUCAUGAUGUUGAAAUUGCUGUACCUGGUGAUUUGAACAAUGUGUCACCUUCUCCAGACCUAUUACAUUCGUGUGGUUCAAUUAGUCGUUUAGCCAUAUGGGAACAGAGUCAGAUUAACACAAUACCGCUUCAUUUUCUUCGCCCCAUCUUGAAUUUGAAACGCCUGGUUAUACAAGUUCCAUCGUUGGUCUUCCUGCCUGACCGAUUUAUUGCUUUUCUGCCACAAUUAAACUUUGUUAAAGUAUCCAAUAGUCGCAAUCUACAUCAUCUAGGACGAUUUGUUUUCCAAUACUGCCCAUCCAGUUUGAGCACACUAGAGUUGAAUGGUAACCCAGCUCUUCGAACAAUUUCGGCCGGACUGUUUGAACAAUGUGACCUGCGUGUUCUAAGUUUGAACGAUAACCGAUUAGAACGCUUUGAUUGGGGCACCUUGCGCGGGUUGAACAAUUUGGAAAGUUUGCGUUUGGAAAGGAAUCAACUUUCCGGUUCCUUGUCCGAUUCUCUCGGCUACCACAGUGAGAAGCAAUCCACAGCACUGGCCGCUACCGUUUUGUUAAAACGACUGGAUAUUUCAGGGAACAGAAUCAACUCUAUUGAAGAUUACCAAUGGUCUGGCUUGUGUGAUUCAGGACAAACUAGUCAUGGAGGCCUUUGCUUUUUGGAAGAGUUGAAUUUAGCUAAUAAUCUAUUGGAAUGGAUCGGACCUGAUGCUUUCCGAGGAUUACCAAAAUUACGAAGGCUCUAUUUGGAAGGCAACCUACAACUCCAUCAGCUGGACCCUUCCGGUUCGUUAACAGUAGCGUUGUAUAUUCUUGGGAUGAGCAGUGCACAACUCGAAAGAGUUUCGUUAUCUGUGCCAUCAGACGGUGUUUUGCCUCACAACCGUCAAGAAGUUUUGAAUGUCUGUUCACCAGAUUCUGCAUUAAUCCCUCGAUUUCGACGUUUCAUGCGUGAGGUAAUUUCGACCAUUUCCCGCCACAGUUGCGCACAGCCAAACGGAAAGUCCGCUGAUCAAUUCAAGGUCACAACACAACAAUCAACAGCAGUACAACAGGCCUUGACAACGGAGCAAACAGACCUCAGCGCACCUAAUGUGACUAGGGGAAAAAUAGAUUACAUAAUUUUUCACAUGCAAAACGCUAACCGGUUUACAAUUCUACUAAUUUGUUUUGGAUUAAUCACCUUGGGAAUUCUGAUGGGAUUUUUCCCCGCGAUUUGUUUGCUUUGUGCGAGAAGAACGGCCAUAAAUAGAAAAGCCUUUGGGUCUAACAGACACUUUCCCCUGCAUUCUUGUCAGAAAGAUGGCCUCAUUCUUAACGGUAGUACUGUGCUACAGAAUAGUCCACAGACCAUGCAACCUGGAUCACGGACGGAUAUCUCGAACCAAAUCGCUGGUCGCCAACAACCCAGUCAAGACUGCAACCCAUUUACUUGUUCAACGGACCAGAUUAGGAUGCUUCCGCUCCAGACAGGCUGUCGAGAGCGCCGUGUGAAUUCAACCGGAAAUGUUUAUUCUAAACUGGAAAGGAGACUUGGGGCUCGAGAAAUUGGACAAUUCCCAGAUGCCCAGAUGUCUCCAAGGCAAAUUUUACCGAUUAGUGCUCGAAUUCCACAGCCAUCAUUUGAUUUUCGACAAUCACCUCUUUCUGUAUGUGUUGUCCCACUUCCUACCCCUCUGCCACCAAUUCCAACACACGCUGCAACGCGUCAUCAAGGUCAUCUGGGUUUUGAUCAAUUUCCACUUGAUAGGAGACCAUUGCUGAUGUCAUCAAUAGGCACUCGAACAGACUCACUUUAUGCCCACACAGCCGAAACUCAGGUAUGUGGGUCCACCUAUAGCCUAGCCACAGUGACCUCAUCUCAUCGACCACUUUCUCCAAUGGAACGGUGUACACCAAAGUGUGCCCACCGAGGGUUGGUAUGA